UUACCUUGUUUCACACCACACCCACGACGGUCACUUGCUAAUAUACAUAACCAGCAUUUGCAAAAAUUGGCGCUCUGGUAAAUUGCCAAAUAUACAUAUUAUAGCUGAACGCAUCAAAGAGACAAAAUGUCGAAGCCUGAGCCUAAUGUCACUGUGCCUGAUGGCGAUGCCCAAAAGGGAGCUAAGCUAUUCAAGUCCAAAUGCGCACAGUGCCACACCACGAAUAAGGGUGGUGCUACUAAACAAGGACCUAAUCUCUAUGGACUCUUUGGUAGAGCAUCUGGUUCUGCUGACUACGCAUACACCGACGCCAAUAAAUCUUCUGGAAUUGUAUGGAGUGACAAACACUUGUUCGUCUAUCUAGUGAACCCCAAGGAGUACAUACCCGGUACCAAGAUGAUCUUCGCUGGGCUCAAAAAGGAGCAGGACAGAGCCGAUAUUAUUGCUUACCUCAAGGAAGCCACCAAGAAGUAAACAGAAGAGAAAUUUUAUGCUAGAAAACACUCUUAAAAUCUAGAUAUAUCC